UUACAGAAAAUAUAAAAAUCAGAUCGACGAGAAUAUCAUGUGUAUAAUUAAAAACUUUCGAUAACCUGUAUUCGAGAAUCUAGAAGAAUUCUUUCCGAGCAAUGAAUCGCAUUUAGAAAAAUGAACUCCUAUUCGAAAUUAAAUGAACUAUUUUUCGUCGCUGUUCCAUUAUUUGGAUAAUCAAUUGCCAAUUAUAGCGUAACUUGUACAAAUGCGUAUUCGAAGUGGUGUUAUUACGAGAACUGGUGGACUUUUAGGACACCCUGUACAUGAGUGAGUGCAUAUAUACGCGUAAAUGGCCAUUUAAGAAAGUCAGUCUGAGCAAGAUGGCCGGCCGGACGAGUUCGGCCUUUCGUUAUUCCGCGGUUAUUUUACAUUUGAUACUAUUAACAAGAUUGAAUGAUGGACUAAGGUUCGGUGACAAAGCGACCACGCUUCACAUUUUGGAAGACGACCAUUCUUUCCGGGGCAGACAGCCGCUUGUCAUUGAGCGAAAUGAGUAUUUGCACGACGAUACCAGCGAAACGUCAUCGAGUCGAAGCCGCAGGGAUGUCCCUCCGACACAGCCGACUAAUAAUCCGAAGAUCCUAACGAAGAUAAAUGCUUUAAAUGAUUCUCAUCAACAAUUGAUGGUGCAUUGGGUUGGAGAGGGAUCUAAUGUAAUAAUAUGCCUAGCAAGAGAUAGUACACCUAUGAUGCGUCUUCAAUUAAAUAAACUUUAUGUGUCCAGCAAUCCCAGUGCUGUCUACAUAAGUUAUGAUUAUGGAGAUACAUUUGUAAACAAAACUGAAUCCUUUAGAAUCUCUUCUGAUGACAAUGCACCUUACGCAUCUUUGGACAAAUUCAUAAAUCAUCCAAAAUCUUAUAAUUUUUGUAUCUUUGUGGAUAGUGCGAAUAGUUUACUUUUCUUUACACGAAAUAAUGGAGAAACCAUUCAAAGGCUCAAACUUCCGUUUCAUCCAACUGAAAUUACAUUUCACGAAAGGGAUGCUAGAGUGCUCCUUGCUCUUGACAAAACUGAUCCAGAACGCAAAUUAUGGUUGUCAAAUAAUCAGGGACGAAAUUGGGUAGCAACAUACCCAUAUGUGAAAGCAUUCUUUUGGUCACCCUUGUCCUCGUUAAUAAUUGAACGAAUAGGGCGUUCUGGAUCAAAUACUGUUUUAGAAUGGCCAGAUUUUUAUAAUUCGGUUUUAUAUUCACAAGCUAUAAUAAUAGCGGACCGUGCUUUGAAAAUUGUGAUAAGAAACGUUGAAGAUUUUCAAAUCAGAGGUGAUUAUAGAUUUGCAACAUCGAAAAACAUAAAGAAUGGCACAGAGAAUUUGGAACUUUUUGUAUCGUACAAGAACAACAGUUUUGUGAAGGCUGAAUUCAGCUCAAGCUUACCUCGUAAGAAUUACCACAUCGUCGACGUUUUACACAAUAGAGUCUUUGUCACAGUUGCUCACAGCGAAACUCUAGUAAAUCUUUAUGUAUCGGAGGUUAUAGAUGAGAAAAAGGCAAUGUUCACAUUAUCACUUGAAGGAAUACUCACUUUCUUCCCUAAUGGUACAUGGAAAGACAGCUGGUUGAAUGAUGUAGCCGAUGAAACAUUUACUGAUCUGUACAAGGUCGAGGGUCUUCGCGGUAUCUAUAUAGCAUCUCAAGUAAAAGGAACACCAAAAUCGGGCACAAUUGGACCAGAACAUUUGGUGUCGCUGAUAACGUUUGACCAUGGAUCAACGUGGAAGCCCAUCAAGACACCUACAGUAAAUUCCGAAGGAUUUCACAUUCACUGCGGCGAAGGUUGUUCGUUGCACCUGAGUCAACGUUUCAGUCAGCUGUACCCUGUGACUAGAUCUGUGUCUAUUAUGAGUUCGAAGUCGGCUCCUGGUAUUAUAAUGGCUACUGGUGUAAUAGGACAAAAUCUGAAAGGUCAUCCCGCGCUCUACGUGUCCAGGGACGCUGGUUUGUCGUGGAAACAAGUCCUUAAAGACUAUUACUUCUUCAACAUGGGCGAUCACGGCGGUUUAUUGGUAGCUGUAAAAUAUUUCAAAUCGCGUGGCGAAACAAGGGAUCUCUCUUAUUCUGUUAACGAAGGUGAAGUUUGGCAAUCGUACACGUUCAACGAGAAAAUGUUGAAAGUGUACGGGUUGAUGACUGAACCAGGAGAGAACACGACGGUAUUCACGAUGUUUGGUUCGGACAGCGGACAACAUCAGUGGCUUAUAAUCAAAGUCGACUUGCAGAAAGUAUUUGAUAGAAAUUGCACCAAAGAUGACUUUAAAUACUGGUUUCCUACGUACAGGGAACAAGAAGAAUCGUGCACACUGGGACGGAAGGAAAUUUUCAAUAGAAGAGCUUCACGAGCAAACUGUUACAUUGGCCUAGAUCACACUAAACCUGUUCUAACGAUUUCGUGUCAAUGCGACGCCAGGGAUUACCAAUGCGAAUUCGGGUUUAUACGAGAGGAAAAUCCGUAUACGUGUAUUCGUAAUAAAUCUAUGAUUGAUUACGAUCCCUAUGCUAUACCGAGCACUUGUAAACCGGGCGAGGUUUACAGUCGGACUAAGGGCUAUGUAAAGAUAUCCGAUGACGAGUGUGUCUUUGGCUCGUCCAGAUAUUUUGAACCAGAUCUGAUCCCGUGUCCCAUAAGAGAGGUGCCACAGUUUUUACUUGUUGCGCAACGGGAACAUAUAUCGCGCAUCGAUCUGACAGAAGAAAAGCUGGAAAAGCUGCCGGUUCAUGACCUGAAAAAUGUUAUAUCUAUCGAUUUCGAUAUGAGAAAUAACUGCUUGUAUUGGGCAGACAUUGUGAAUGAUACGAUUGGUAGACAAUGUUUCAAUGGUACAAACGCCCCUGAAAUUCUAGUUGAGACCGAUCUCAGUUCCAUCGAGGGAAUGGCGUUCGACUGGGUGUCCAACCUGUUAUACUUUGUGGAUGGUGUCAAGAUGAGAAUCCAAGUGAUCAGAACCGACUUAUCUACCAUGGGAAGGAUGCGAAGGACUAUUCUCGGGCCCAAUAAUCUUCAAAAGCCGAGAGGUAUCGCGGUUCAUCCGAUGAACGGUUACAUGUUUUGGACCGAUUGGGCCCCGGGCAAUGCCUCUGUUUCCAGAGCUAAUCUGGAUGGAACGGAUGUGAAACGAUUAUUCGUCGAACCGGUUGUCGAGUGGCCAAACGGUAUAACGAUUGACCACAUAGCUGAAAGGAUCUACUGGGUGGACGCCAGACAGGAUUACAUUGGUUCAAGCGACUUCGACGGCAAAAAGUUCAAGAAGGUUAUAUCGGAGAACGAACGAGUGUCCCAUCCGUUCGCUGUAGCUGUGUUCAAGGAUAACAUGUACUGGGAUGAUUGGAGGGAGUCAAUGAUAUUCGUCGCGGACAAGGACUACGGUGUAGGUAUCUCCUCCAUCAUGGGCGAGUUGACCGGCUUGAUGGAUUUAAAAGUGUACGCACACAGCAUUCAGCAGGGCACGAACGCUUGUGAGAACAACACCUGUUCACACAUUUGCGUGGGAGCGCCGAAACACAGUUUCUCGUGUCUUUGCCCGGACGGGAUGGUGAUGAUAGACCACAAGUGCAUGUGUCCGGAGGGUAACAUCCCGUAUCCGAAUUCUACGUGCCCGCGGGUAACCAAUACAUGUGCUGCCAAUCAAUUUGCCUGCAAUAACGACGUAUGUAUACCCGCGUUCUGGCAUUGCGACGGCGACAACGACUGCGGCGACCGUUCCGACGAGCUCCACUGUCCCUUAAAACCCUGUUUCCCGAACUACGAGUGCGACAAUGGCACCAAAUGCAUUUCCCCAUCCUGGUUCUGCGAUAUAGACAAAGACUGUAGGGAUGGCACGGACGAGAUGAACUGCAACUAUUCCACCUGCACGAGUUCACAGUUUAGGUGUGACGGCGGCAGAUGCAUAUCGCAUGGAUGGGUCUGCGACGGUGAUAACGACUGUCAGGACUUCUCAGACGAGUGGUUCUGCAAGUACAAUUCGGAGAAGGUAGCGCGAAACACUUGUAGAUCCGACGAAAUGCUCUGUAAACAGGAUCACACGUGCAUGCCAAGCGUAUGGAAGUGUGAUGGCGAACCGGACUGCGAGGGUGGCAUGGACGAGGAAGAUUGCAGUAGCGUCGUCUGCGAGAGUUGGCAGUUUACCUGUAACGCGUUCAAAGGCAAUCAUAGAUGUAUCUAUAAAUCGUUCGUCUGCGACGGGGACAGAGAUUGUCCCGAUGGCUCGGACGAGGUGAACUGUACUACUACCGUUCGACCAGAGGCGCUACCGAACCCAACGAUGCCUAGCAGCCCGUGCAAUCAUUGGAUGUUCAUGUGCGACAAUAACAAAUGCGUGCCUUAUUGGUGGAAAUGCGACAGCGUGGAUGAUUGUGGCGACGAUUCUGACGAAGUUGGCUGCGGAAAUGCCGACGACGUACUUCCCGUCACUACGGUGGCUACCACCGAGGAACCGAAAGUGUGCAGCGAAAACAGAUUCCAAUGUUUCAACGGCGAUUGCAUACCAAACGCUUGGGUCUGUGAUGGCUCGAUCGAUUGUCGUACCGCAGAGGACGAAACACAUUGCGUCCCAGAACAGGGGUUUUGUCACGAAGGCCAAUUUAAAUGUCGUCUGGAUGGCGCUUGCAUAAGCAUCAGAGAUGUCUGUAACGGUUUUGAAGAUUGUCCUGAUGGUACCGACGAGUAUGGCUGUACCACCGAGUUACACAUCAGUCCGGCGGCCACGCCUUCUUGUUACGAUGGUUUAUUCCCUUGUGACGAAAUCAAUUGCAUCCCACUGGCCGCUUACUGUGACGGUAAGCCGGACUGCGUAGACGGCUUUGACGAGAGCAACUGUGGAAAAAACAGCUCACGCAUUUACCAAGUACUUGUAAUGGGCGUCGAUCAACGUUCGGUCAGCUCUACGAGACUCCUUUUAUUCUGGUGGAUACCGGUUCCAUUUAACGUCACCUUCGAAUUUAUGCCCUCCAUCGCAAAUGUAUCGCAAACAAAUUCGCCUCCUAAGUGGACCAAUUCCAGCAAGUGGAUCGAGGAGAUGACUUAUCAGUUCAGUAACUUGGAACCCUAUACUCAAUACAAUGUUACUGUCUAUGUCAGAGUGAAAGGACAGACUACUGUCUUCCCACCAGCAAAAUACUUGAUCGUUAAUACUGGAAAAGGUGCACCGUCUGAACCACGAUUACUUACUGUCAAGCAGAGUCAUGGAACUCGGGUGGAAUUGCAAUGGCUACCACCUUCGCAUCCAAACGGACCUAUAGUUGGAUACAUAGGAUUCGUAACACCACCUGUACCACCUGUACAGUUCUUCAAAGCGAAGACGUCAGCAGUGAUAGACAUGGCAUUCGAAUCAGGCCAAAACUAUUCAUUCUGGGUGAUUGCUAAAAAUGAGGAUUACGAAUCAGCUUCCUCAAACGUGGUCACGUUGACUUUCGAUGGAUCUAUGAACAUAGACAACAUCGAACAGCUUUCUGUAGCAGCAACCACCAAUCAUUCCAUCACAUUGACCUGGAAAGCUAUCAAGAAUGCUGAUCAAUAUUCGGUGACAGCGAGAGCGAUGGAUUUGUCGUAUCAGAAUUUACCGCCAAUGAAAACGCCACGUAACACUAUCAAAAUUACCAAGUUGUCUCCCGGUGUCAAAUACAAUAUCGAAGUUGAAGCGGUUAUUAUUGGAGAGUACAUUGGAAAAGCAGCCACCAUAUCCGCAACAACAGAAGGCAAACCAUUGCCAUUAGUCGAAGGUUUCGAAGCACAUUUAGUACAUCAACCCGAAAUGGUGGUGAAAUUGCACUGGAAACCGCCUAAUUCAACGGAAAAGAUUGACUGGCAGUAUGCUAUUUAUUAUUCAACAUUGUUUUUUAGGCAUUAUUUUGACGAAUAUAAAUUGCUCACGAAACAUCUGUACGCGGUAGUCGAGCAUCUAGAUACUUGUGAGACAUAUAGGUUUGCUGUUGGAGUUUAUGGACCGUAUGGUAGUGGUCCUUUGAGCUUUGCACAUCAUGUGCAUACGAGUUUCAAUCCACGUGCCGCACCAACAGAUGUACGUGUACUGCCGUCUGACAAGGAUGAUACUAUAACUAUUAUUUGGGCUGCCAGUUGUCAUGUAAUCGAUUCGCCUAUCGCAUAUACGAUCACUGUCACUGAGCUAACGUUGAAUAAGCAUUUUGCGGUAACUCUGCCACCAACAGAUAAAACAAUAAUGAAUCACACGUUUAAUUCUAUAAAUUAUGGCAGCACGUAUAAUAUAGUUAUAGCCACGGACGUUGAAAAUGCCGUGCCAAGUCGACCGGUCAUCUACACGGCCAUUGCGAUACCGCCACCCCAUCAGCUGUUGGUUGUACCCGAGAAGUCGGCGUACGUUCUAUUUUGGCAGGAGCAUGAUCUACCUGGAGAUUUGGAGAACUCGAAGUACCAUUAUGAAAUUUUAGUGAUGGAAGGAUCGAAAAAAAUGAACGAAUCCACUGCUACAAUCUUCAAGGUUCAUGAACCACCGUACACUUAUAUGAAUGUCAAGCCGAAUAUCAUUUAUAGUUUCGCUGUUCGUAUAGUCACCUAUGAGGGUCACAAGAGUCGUCUGAGUGAGGUUGUCAGCGUUAAAGCUCCUAAUGAAUUGGCGUUACCAGUGACAAUAAGUACAAACAACAUUUUGUCUUUUGCUAUACCGAUUUGUUUACUCAUCGUUGUUCUGGGAUCUGCGCUGGCGUACUUUGUAGUAAGACACAAGAAAUUGUCAAAGACUUUCACACAAUUUGCCAAUAGCCAUUACGACACAAGACGCGGACAAGCAACCUUCCCAGGAACUACAGAUGGUUUGGAGGAGGACGAUAGCCCCGUGAUUCGAGGCUUCUCCGACGACGAACCGUUGGUGAUAGCAUAAAUCAAGCAACAUGCAACGUCCACAUUUAAAUUACACAUCCACACAAAGUCACACACCGGAUACAGUGAACACAUAUAUUACGUACAUGAAUAUAAUAUUUACGUGUUAGGAGAAAUGUGCCAAGACACUAUUAUAAACUUCGAAUAACUUCGAGUAUAUAUAUGUAUAUGUAUAGGUAAGACCUGUGCAUACAUGUUGGAAGCUUUUAUGAAAGUGGCUCAAGACUGACACACUUCACUAAUCCUAGUAAGUUACAGUUCGAUUAGACAGGCUGCUUAGAGCACUUACAUGAAAGCUUUUGUGUAUCACCGACCUCCCUUUUGUUUUAUAGAGGUAUAAUUUUAUACGCUAUCGCUCAGAACUUUGGGGUAUCUUUCAAUCUUUAAAAACAUCAAAGUUACACAGCCAGACCAAAAAUCUCCUUUUUUUUUUACCGGUAACACAAAAUCUUCUGGUCACCGGUCCUACUGAUAUGUGAGCUAUUUAGCAAUCGCCUAAGUCGUGAUUCACGGUAAAGUAAUUACUUUAAUUUAAGACCAAGUCAUUUAAGACCAAGUCAUAUGGGAAUGCGAAGGGUGUUCCAAAUGUUUGAGCAGUGGUGUAAAUGUACAUGAUAUCGAUUAGUAUACGACGACAGUUAGGUUCACGUCGUUAUGUGGGCGGAGGAGGGGGGGGGGCAGGAAGCUGUUGAUAUAUAUGUAAAAGUCGUAUGAAAAGAGAGUGAGAGAGAGAGAGAGAGAGAGAGCAACCUGUACAUAUAGUAAAUAUUUUGUACCGAACUGCGGAAACUAGAAGCAUUUCCAAGAUGCCAUGCAUUACAAUGACGUUGACGCGAGUUUAUAUAAUACGACGAGAUUAAUUAUCGAUCCUGCGAUGAAAAUUCUUUUAGUGUCAAUGCGCGUUGGAGCAUUUCUUCGGAGAGCGGAGUCAACCCGAAUCGGUUUUACGUUUUCGUAAAGAAGGAAAACACAAAAUGAAAUUUUCUUACCUGUCCAAUGUUGAUGAAAAUAUUUUAUAUAAUUCUGCUUCUUUUAAUUGUUUUGUAAUAAACUUUUUUAAUGGAACUUACGAACGCAUAUGUAUAAAAACACAAACACAAGCGAAGGAGCUUAUCUAUACUGUUUUAAGGGAGGGGAGAAAAACUUCGCGCGGCAACGGUUAAAAGUUCCGUUAGUUUAAAGCGUUUCUGCAUAAUACAUGAUGAUCUUCGACCACGUUUAGAAAAGUUAAUAAUAAGCGAAUUGGAACGUUAACUUCUUGUAAAGAAAGAGGUAGGGAGAGUGAGACAAAGAGAAGGGGGGGGGGGGG